AUGCGCAAAUUCCCCAAGAUGCUCAAGGCAUUCACCUUCCCCUGGAAAACUCAGCUAGGAGCCGCAUGCCAUCUAGAGGAGAGAAUCCGCACUUGCCUUCAAUUUUGGGAGCAGACUCUCCAGCAUAGUCAACUCAUUCCACCUGCCAAUAUGGACGUAAUCUGCAGCAGCAUUCAUGACAUGCUCACUCGACUUCAGGCAGCAAAACUACAAUCUUCUGACACUGCAGAUAUGGAUGCUCUGGAACCUGCUAAGCUGGUGUAUACAGGAUGCCCAGGACGCCCUCGAGUAGAAUUCAACUGUGAACUACUUGCAGUAUGUCUACAGUAUCGAGGGGUGACUGAACUUGGAAAGUUGUUUGGGACAUCUGCCAGGACAGUUCAUCGGGCAGCAAUUGCUCUGGGCUUGGCAGAACCUGCAUUGCCAGUAUAUUUUGAGUUUACUGAGAAUGGGGUAUGCUAUCGAGAGUAUUUUCCCGCUCCUUCCACUCCGUCCUCCUCUCUCUCCGAUAAUGAACUUGAUUUGAUCAUGGCACAAAUCCUUCAGUCAUUUCCCAGCUUCGGACGCCAUAUGAUUGAUGGUCAUUUGACCCACCUCGGACACACAGUUUCUCGUGCUCGUGUACAAGCUUCUUAUGCAUGAGUUCAUAGUCCCUCCACCAGGGUCUUCAGUGUGAGGCGAAUUGAGUGACGUGUAUACCAUGUUGCUGGUUACAACUCUCUAUGCCACCAUGAUGGCCAGCAUGGUAUCUACAUCCUUUCAUCCAUCCAUCCAUCGAUUUGCUUAUAUGUCUGAACACGUUUAGGCCUGAUUCGGUACAAGAUCGUUGU